GGAUAGGGACACUUUCAUCUCUGAGAUUAGAACAGUUUUGUUAAAACAAUUUUGCAAACCUUCAGUAAACCCAUCUAAUUAUAACAUGCUUUAUUGGUUAUUUUCUAGCUAACCUUGCAUUAUUUAUUUGUUAACACAAGCAUCAAGUUAAUUCAUAAACUGUUAAUUAUUAACAGAGGUUGCACUAAUGCAAAACUGUGCAUAUAUUGCUAAAGAAUUUUUAAUCUUUAACCAAAAAUUAACACACCUUACACGUUGCAUAUGCUUGUUUUUAUUCUUGACUCGGCUAGAUUGAUAAUUUUCAUGAUUGUUUCCCUGCAGAUGAUUUGUCUGUCUUGUCAUCUCUUGAUAAACUUUUGAAUGCUAGCACAUCCUCAGAGGAGAUAAAUCCCACAUUGUGAAAUUGAAAUUUUCGAUUUAUUGUACCUAUUUUAAAACAAUAACACUUAUAGGAAGAGAACAUUAUACCAUGAUUUUUAGAAAAUGAAGUUCACUCUUAGGGUCAUGGUUGCUUCAACUCCUUGAGAAUCCUGCUAUGGACUAUGCUGAUGUCUACCCAGUAUUUUAGAAUUUGCUAUAGUUGUGUCUCUUGCAAAUGUUCCUCAUGAAUGUCAUUUUCUGCUCCACUCUGAAAAGUGGUCUUGCCUUACAAAUGACCACAUGGGUAAUCUGAUGACAAUUAUAUUCCAGGGGCCUAGUCAACUGGAAUUUAACUACAACUGGGCCAUUAAAACCUACACAAUUAAGAAGAACCACAUGUAGUGAAUAUAGUAUAAAUAAAUAUUUUUUGUUUUUGUUACAGCACACUGUACACAUGAUUGUUUAGCAUCUACACACGUUGUUACCCAUAAAUUAAGGUACACCAAUGUUACCUCUGUAAGUAUAUCUUAUAAUCAAGUAAAGUGACAAUGCAAAAUUUAUAUAACACUUCUUUCUUUUUUUUUAUGUAUUCUGGCUGAUAGUGUGAUAGUUUCCCAGUGGACAUCCAUGUUGGAAGUGAUAGCACAUCAUCUUAAAGCUGUUGGUAUCUCAUAUUAUUUAAUUCAAGGUAAAGUGAACUCUCAAGAUCGCAUGAAGGCAGUUGAUGAUUUCAACAACAAUCCUAAUGGUGCUAAGGUAUUGCUGUUAUCUCUAAAAGCUGGAGGUGUAGGAUUAAACUUAACUGGAGGAAAUCAUCUUUUUUUGAUGGAUUUACAUUGGAAUCCUGCUUUAGAUAUUCAAGCAUGUGAUCGUGUGUACCGCAUGGGUCAGAAGAAAGAAGUUACUAUUUACAGGUUUAUCUGCCAGAAUACAAUUGAAGAAAAAAUACAACAGCUUCAAAAAAAAAGUUGCAUUUAGCAAAAGAUGUUAUCGAAGGAACUAGUCAGAAAGCUGAGAAGUUGACCUUAAAUGAUUUGAAACAUUUGUUUGGAGUAUAAAUAACCAAUUAUUCUUUUUUUUUACUAAACUCAUGUUACUACCUUUGUUGAAUCUUAUUUGGAAAAAGUGUUGAGGAAACUGCAGUGAAUUUUGUCCUUUUCUGACAAUGGAUCAUUGGGUUCAGAAUAAAGUACUGUGUGUAUGUUAAAAUUAUGAAAUUCUGUUUUGAAGCAUUUAAAGUAACAUCUUUAUGUUACAUUAUUGUCACAAACCACUUGUGGCAUUAGUGUUUUUUUUUGUUGUUGUUUUUCUGGAAGACGUAAAUGUUUUAUCCAUAAUCUGUUAGCAAGAAAACUUAUGAAAGGUACUAAAAAGUGAAUGACAUUUUCAUUCAUAACUUUAGAAUAAAGUAUGCUAUCUUAUUGUUUCAUUUUACAUCCAUUUUUUAUUUCUCAAAACAUUAGAUCUAAAUUAGUAAUGAUAAUGUUUAAAAAGUGACAGUAUUAUUCAAAAAACAUCAUUUAGUAUAGUAGUCCUAAUAAUGUUGGUUAUUGUAAGUGAUCCAACUAACUUCUACAUUUUAGUCAUGCUCAUCAAGCACUUACUAUAAACAGGUUUUCAAAAAAGAAAUAUUAAGAUAAAUCACAAUAUCUUGUAAUUUCUUCUUUAUUUUACUAUAUUUUUAAGUGUUAUGCAUAAUGUUCUUAACUGUUAACUAUUCAAUUUAUGUGCUGAAGGAAUAUUUUUAAUAUCUUUAGUUGAGUAAACUAAGGAAGUGAUGAAAUCAGCUGGAAACCUUUAAAGCCUAACAUCACUGCCAUAUAGUUAUAAUCAAGUGUAGAUAAGGAAUCAAAGUUUGCUAAACUUAUCUCAUACUUAAAAGUACUGAGAAAUAUAUUCAUGUAUUGUCAUUUCUUUUAUAAAAUAAUAAAUUUAAAUAAUAUGUAUUUUUACUAUAAGAAUGCUUAAACAAAAGUAAUCAUGAAAUGUAUGAUAAGUACAAGGCUUACAGAAAAUUUCUAAAAUUAAAUAAAUUUUAUUCUGAAGUUCAUGGAGCAGUCAUUGCAAACUGUUAUAAAAAGUUUUUGGGUUUCAGAUAAUUAUUUACUGAUACAAAUGAAUAUAACUUUUUUUAUAUUUUUGCAAGUUUUUCAUUGUAUGAAACUUUUGAUUGUCCAAACAAGAUGUGUAGCCAUGACAUAAAAAAAGUAAGUAAAAAUCAAUAUGAAGAAAAUACUGAAUUAAUCAUGAUAAAAAAGAGAAUCAUUUAUUGCCAGAAAAUCUUUGAAUUAUACAUUCAGAAUGAAAGAGUGAUGGUUAAAAUUACUAAAAACAUUUCACUCUAAAGAAUUGGAGGUUUCUCUCAGUAGUGAACAUAUUACAAUCAAGAAUAAUUAUUUUAACAUGUACUAUAGUAUAUUAACUAGAAAAUAAAGUGUAAUUGAAAAAAUGUUAAAGCAUUAAAUUUAGAAUAUUGAAAGGUAUCUAACAAAUUAUAUAUUUU